AAAAUCCAGAAAAUUAAUGAGGACUCAGUUUUAAUCUCAUUGUUUUAUUGCCAUUACUUGUACAACUUCCUCCAUGCACCGAGUCUUCCCUCGUGACGUGAUGCAUUCUUACCAUAUAUAUAAGGAGGACUGUUCGUAAAUGUUUAUCACUAUACCACAUCUACUUCAUCCAAGUCACGAAGAUCGAGAAGUUAAGAAAAUGCUGCGUUUAAUCGUUGUGAUUGCUGUUACCAUCACUAUCACUUUAAGCUACUCAAUAGAAAAUAGACUGAUCUCUGCUGCUCAUCCCAGUUUCUUUCCGAUUAUUGGCGAUGGCAAUAGAAGACGCAGGGGAAUUGAGGAAAAUGACUUGCCCCGCCCAAUAAGUAAAAAACCACCUGCCACUUUUGAUAGUUCCUUCGAUAUUUUGGGACACAGAAGACGCAGGAUGGUUGAUGAAAAUGACGCCGGUAUAAUUCAGAAAGAUGCUGCAUUUCCAGUUAUGGCUAUACCCUAGAUUUCGAUGAAUCUGGACCUUAAAGAUCAUGAACAAUUGAUUAACAGGUCAUAUCAUUCUUAGUCGUGAUGUAAUAUAGUAUGUAAUUCAA